GCUCAGUUACGUGACACGUCAAGAGGUUCUUCUGUACACAAAUAUCACGGACAGCUUAAUUUCUAUCACGAGAUGUGAUCAUUCACUCAACGGACCUAAGCUCUUUCUUCAGAUAUCGUCCUGACGGUCUGGUUAACUCUCUGACGGGUUACAUGUGACAGAGAGAGAGAGAGAGAGCAGUCGGGAUGAGUGGCGUGGCGCUCGCGCUGGAGGUGGUGGUGGUGUUCUUCCUCGCGCUCUUCUUGCUGCACCGCUAUGGAGACUUUCACAAGCAGCAUCGGAUGGUCCUGUUCGCCACCCUCCUCGCCUGGUUCCUGUGCUUCCUCAUCGUCUUCAUCCUCCCACUGGACGUCAGCACGACCAUAUAUAACCAGUGUGAGAUUGAUAAUGUCCACUUGGUGCCGAGCAGCAUGCAACGUGAUAACUCCUCCAACACUUCGGUAUUUCCGACACAAAGGGUGGCAAAGUCUUGCCAUAAGCCUUGGAGUUACAUCCCAGAUGGGAUUCUUCCCGUGUUUUGGAGGGUGGUGUACUGGACGUCACAGUUCCUGACAUGGCUCUUGAUUCCCUUCAUGCAGUCGUAUGCACGUUCAGGAGGUUUCUCCAUCUCAGGGAAAAUAAAAACAGCCCUGAUAGAAAACGCCAUUUAUUAUGGCACAUACCUGCUUAUCUUUUGCUCCCUGCUCAUCUACGUCGCCGUCACUCCGAAGUGGCACCUCUCCUGGUCUGACUUACGGACGAUUGGCAUUACCGCCGCCAACACCUGGGGGUUGUUCCUGCUGGUGCUGCUGCUGGGAUACGGCCUGGUGGAAAUCCCUCGCUCCUAUUGGAGGGCAUCGUGCCACGGACAACUGCUGGCAAAGACGUACUUCAAAGCAGCGAAACUGAUGACGGAAAAAGCAGACGCCGAAGAAAACCUGGAAGAUGUUAUGGAGGAUGUCAGAACGGUUAAUGAAACAAUCAAAUACAACCAUCCUCUACGCAAAUGCAUUGACACUAUUCUGAAAAAGUGUCCUGUAGAAUACCAGGAAAAGAUGGGAAGAAACAUGGACGAUUAUGAGGACUUUGAUGACAAAGGAAACCCUUAUCCUAGUAAAAAUAGUUUAGUCAAACUACAUAAAAAGGUGAUCUAUGCUGUUCAGAGGCAUAACCGCACACAAGUUCAGUGGCAGAUUCUAUUGGACGAGGCUUUUCACUUAGAGGACGUGGCCAAAAACGAGACAAGCUCCACUCACCAGUUCAUUCACAGCUUCCCCUCUGCAGAACCGCCUGGAUGGAUCAGCAAGUACCUGUACACGCCCACCGUGGAGUGGUACUGGGAGUGUGUUUUCCGGCGCUGGUGUUACCGCGUGCUGGCUGUGCUUUUAUGCCUGUUCUCUGCAGCCGUGGUCUGGUCUGAAUGCACCUUCUUCAGCACACAGCCCGUUCUGUCUCUCUUCGCCGUCUUCAUCCAGCUCGCAGAGAGAGACUACAACUACGUUUACAUAGAGAUGGCGUGUUUUGUCACCAUAUUCUUCUUGUGUUACUGCGUGUACUCCACUGUGUUCCGGAUCCGAGUCUUUAACUAUUAUUACCUGGCCCCUCACCACCAGACGGACGCCUACAGCCUGCAGUUCAGCGGCAUGUUGUUUUGUCGCUUGACGCCUCCUCUGUGUCUGAACUUUCUGGGAGUGAUUCACAUGGACUCCACCAUCUCCCAUCAGCAGAGACAGCAGACAGCAUACAAUUCAAUAAUGGGAUCCAUGCAAGUCCUGUCAUUCAUCGCUAAUGGAUUUUAUAUUUAUUAUCCUAUGCUCAUCGUUUUGCUCUGCAUUGCAACUUACUUCAGCCUGGGCACGCGCUGUCUGAAUUUGCUGGGCUUCCAGCAGUUUAUGGGUGACAAUGAUCUGACCUCUGACCUGGUGGAUGAGGGGAGAGAACUAAUCCGGAGAGAAAGAAGAAAACGGCAGAGGACAGAGGAUGGCGAGAUCAGACGGAGAGAAUGGAGGGAACGCUACAGCGAUCAGAGGGAGAGAUAUGGCGGGAGGAGCAGAAGUGCGUACUCAGAGCUGAAGGAGACGGACGGCUCCAGCACAGACACUGGCCGAGCUCAGUCUCGAAGAGAUCGGAACGACAAGGCUGAAUUACUACAAGACGUUGAACCGUUGGACUUCACUGGAGAAGAACAGCUGGAAACGGAUAACAGGAGGUACGCUGGAGGACAAUACCUCGCCACCUCUGCAUCUCGUAGCCGCAUCUUUGAUGAUGUAUGAGAACAAGGAGAACAAUAAAGGGAAACUAUUUGCACUUUUUAAUCUUCACACUCUUCCUGAAGUGUCCAGUGAGGGACUGCAGCUUUAACGCUUCUGUGUCUCUUUGUACUGAAUGUGUUUUCUGUGAGUUUGUGUGUGUGAGUGUUGCUCUUACCUCCAAUUGUCCCUUUACUUCCAGAUGAAGCCAAAAUAGCAAACCCCACAUACUGUACACAAAUAUAGUGUAGUAACAGUAUCUUCUCACCUGUGACGGUUGGUUUUCAUGCAGAGGAACAUUAAUAUUUGGCUGAAAAAGGGAAGAAAAAGAGUCACGUUAGUUCUCUAUAAAAUCCUUAUUUGAAGUUUAAAGGUUCUGUUUAGAGAAUAGAGUUUAUUUAAGGUCACCCUGAUGCAUGAAGGUCUCACUGUGUCCUGAUCUACACUUCACUCUGAACUUUCACCCUCAGGAUGAGUAAGUAAAUCACAGACAGGAAACACUUAUGUCUUUAGUUUGAGUAUUUUGUUUAACCGUUCAUUAUUUAAUAGAUCACACUUUAAAGUUACAGAAGAAAAUGUCUCUUUUUGGUUAUUGAGCUCGUGUUUUGUACUGUAAACUUCAAAUCCCUGUGAUCAAAAAGUGAAUGGAUGUAACAUGAAUGCUGUUUUACUUUUUCCAUUAUGAUCUAUUUAUUAUAAAUGUCUCUGAAUUAAUAUUAAAUUACUGCUCAGAGCUACUGAAAAUAUGAAGGACAAUUUAUGCUUUUUUUAUCUGUAUAGCAGCGGUUUUAUUUUUCUUUCUUUUGUUUGAAUUUCCUCAAUACCUCAAAUAAAUAUUCAUGAGAUUUGAAGUAC